AACAACUAGGCAAUCUGCAAAGCAGUGGUUCUUCAAGAUGAAGCUUUCCUCAAAAAAUGCCAGCUCCCAACAUCGGCUAAACUUGUAAGUUUUCAUUCUUUUUUCAUCUUUGCUUCAUCUAUUGACUAUCUUUCAGUAGUGAAGAAGCUUAGGAAGGCAGAACACAAUGGGUUGUACUCCUUCACGUAGUGAUAUUGUUAAGAAUCCUGAAACAAAGUUGAUGGAUAAAAGAAUUACAUUAGUUGACCGAGAAGGUGAAGGUUUUUCAUUUCCUUUGCUGAUCAAAGACUCCGCUUCUUGUGAUAUUGAAGGAAUAAGAGAGGAGGAGGCUCAAGUUAAAGAUCACUUCUUCAAAAAUUUAUCAAGUGAAGAGAAGGAUGUUAAUUUCUAUUCCUCAUCUGAGGAUCCUUUGCUGUCUGAGCUGGACCAGGAAGAGAAAGAAAUUGAAAAGAUCGUCUCAAAGACUGAGAUAGCCGCUUCUGAAUCGAUGAAGUUAAACAAAGGCAAACAUAUGGCAGAAGCAAUUAUGAUUAAAAAGCAAAAAAGUUCUGAAUCAGAAAAGGCUGAUGCUACCAUGGGAGAGAGAAGUGAAAGCAACAAAAAUCAAAAACACAAAAAUGGGAAGAAGCAAAGGAACAGGCAGGGAAAAUCAGGGCGGCCUUGCAAAAUUAAAGAGAAAUCCAAUCCUUCUGUAUGUCAGCCUGAAAAAAAGGUAGAUUUCCCAGACGCUCUUGUUAAGGCCCAUCAAAAUGCAUAUGCAUAUCUCAAUCCUAAUAUUGCCAAAUAUGAGGCUAUCUUAUGCAUGACAGAUCAGGUUACUGAAACGCAAUUAAUUGUGCAACAGUUGGUGAACUUUUUGCUUUUUCGGUUUGACGGAAUCAACCGCCUUUUAGAAGAAAUUAUUGAAGAUGGAAAAGACCUGCUGAAAGAAGUGGGAGGGAACCUGGUUUGGCCAGCUGGCAAAGAAAAUCCAAAAGAGCAGCCAGAUCUUCUGCAGCAAUUACUGCAAUACACUGUCAACAAAAUGCAGUUGUUAAAUGGAACUGUGGCCUCUUUAGCCUCUGAUGUCCUGCAGGAGUCUUUCAGCUUUUUGCAGUCUGCAAGUACCUGCUUAGAAGAAAAAAUGAAAGCAAAGCAACAUCUUGAUGAACACUUGGUCAAUAUAAUAAAGAACCUUGAAGAAUCUGCAGUUGGAUCUUCCAAUCAUUACCUUGAUGAUAUGACUCUUUAUUCUGAAGACAGUGGAAUAGGCAUUGACAGUGAAUCGGUGAAAGAUUUGAAUAUUAUUGAUCGGCAUGGAAUGGAAACAAAUCGUGAGGCCAUUCACAAAAGUCCAUGCAACUCCAGGAAUGGUAUAAGCAUGUCUCAACGCUGUGCUCCACAGAUAAGGAGUUCAAUAUCAUCAUCUGAGGUAGUAUCAAAAAGUAGAUCCACUUUUCUCCAACAUCAAAAUAUCUUGAAAACCUUUAACUCUGAGCACUCUGAUAUAACCCAUGAAAGCAAUAGCUUCAAACAGAGUGAAUUGGAUAGCAUUUCUUCCGCAAAUGAAGACAAUAGUGCCAACAGUUUAUCUGAGGAAGAAUGUGACUCUAUAAGUCUAUCUAUAUCUUUUCCUGCAGCACGAAAGAAUAGACAGAAGCCUUCCACCAAACAAAUAGAUAGCACAGAUAAUGAGAUAAUUCUCAAAAUGAAAGAUGCCAUUAGUGAAAAGAUAAAAUUUGUUCCAGCUAAAUGUCGGCAAAGGGCAUGGAUGGAAGAUGAAAAUGGAAAAGAAUCUCUGAGACCUAGUACAGCCUCUGGGGGCCAGAAGACACGGAAUAAACAGAAACGGACUAGGUCUGAGGUGUCUCUCAAAAGUAAUGCUGAGGACCCAACUCUUUUGGAACUUCAAAGGACUCAAAAAGAUCUUGACAAAAGGUUAAAAUUAUUUUAUCAAUUAAAUGGAAAAGAGGAAGUCAUUGAUACAUUGGAACUAUUGAAUCCAAAAGAAUUGCCUGACUCAGAAUAUUUUGAGCCUCUUGCUCACAGAACUUCCACUAACAAACUGAAAGCAUCUCUUGCUAAAAAUUUCAAUAUACUGCCUGAUUCUUCAUGUGGAUACAAUGAAAAUGUAAAAUGUAAAAAAUCGACCGCAACUGGCACGUCUUCAGAAGAUCUGAUAUCUAGAAAAGAAAAUUAUUCUGGGACCUCCAAACUGAACACUCCACCAUGUAAAUCUGUGAAAAAAUUAAUUGAAACAUUUAGCCCAUCUGAAAGUUUGGUGAAACAAUCAAACUUAAGAACAUUGGGCCCAAUAAAAUGUGUCAGAAAGUUUGGACUUCAAAGCAUUUCUCCCAACCUUCCACUUCCCAAAGGAUUUGUGCCCUUAAAUCACAAACAUCAAGUUUCACCAUUAGAAGAUACCAGUUGCAAAAACUUCAGAACUAGACACUGUACUCUUAGUGACAAUAGUUCAAUGGAAUUUGCAAGUAGCCUUGAUACAAAUGAGGAUUCUGGUGAGAUUGAUAUGGAAAACCUACCUCCUCCACCACCUGAAAUGUUAAUGGAAAUGUUAUUUGAAUCAACUGAAUGUUCAGGAGAUAUAAAGAUGGAAGAAAACUAUUUGGAAGUGGUUGAUAAGACUACCAGAGCAAAUGAACAGUGCAUCACCAAGAAAAUUACUCAGAUUUCUCCACGGAAGAAACUUUCUAUCUAUUCACUUGAUUUGUUACCAAAUAAGAAUCUCAGCAAUUCCCCAGCUGUCAACAAAGCACCAAAUAAUGAGGUAGAUACUAUACCAAAUAAAUAUCUCUUGGAGUUGAGUGCAACUCAUAUGUCUGAAUGCCGCAAAAGGGAUGAUGAAAUGGAAAAAGUUGCCGAUCUAUACAAACAGUCUUGUAAAAUAAUACCUCUUCCAAAUCCUAAAGAAGCAUCAGAACCAAAUGGGAGCAAUCCAGGAAACAUGAUUAACAGUGAAGCUCCUUUACCUGAAAAGCAAAGUUCUCCUGAUUUAUUAAAGAAAAAUGAGAAAACCCCAGGUUUUAUCAGCCGGGUAUCAUCAGUAAGAAUACCACCUUCCUCACCUCCUAAUCAGAAGAGGUUUCCAAGUCCACCACUGUAUCACAGAGCUAUUCAUCAAGUUUCUUCUCCCAUUCUACAUCAGCAACCUAGUCCCUCAACUCAGUCCAGGUCAGCAAGUCCCCCAGUACAGAGGAAAGUGAUUUCCCCACCACCCCAGCAAAAUCUCUCUAAUCCUCCAGUAAUACGCAAACAACAAAGUUCCCAGAAUCAAAAGGUGUCCAGCCUACCAUCCCAUGAUCAAGAAGCAAACUUACCUCCUUUUGGAACUACUCCACCUAUUUCCCCAUCUCAGUUUCAUAGAUGUUUACAAAACAAUAUGGACUCCAAGGACGAGCCACAUUCUGCCUCCCCAAAGUUUGUUAGCAAUGCUCACUCAAUAUUUUGCCCAGCUACUUCUUCUUUAUUUGAAGCCAAGCCAGUGGUGUCAUCAAACAUCAACCCAAUGGGAGGGGCUAUGGCCCACCCUGAAGCCUCAACAUCUCUAAGGAGAAAUAGCAUGCAGCUCAGGCAACUUGUGGGUCAACAGAGGAUGAUCAACAGUGCCGCUAGUCCUCAGCCUUGCCUCAGACGGAGCUUCUCUGAUCACAGGCCUGAAUUCCAGCUUCCACAGCCAGUUUUUGUUACAGCAGAGAGCGACUCUGUGCUUAAUCAAGUGAGGUAA